UUCACCAUGUUUCUAUAGGAAAGUAAAAUUCAUCGCCAACCGCCACAUUUGCAGAUUUUCUGUGAAACCAAUGCCGAACUGUUUCUCCAUAAAGAUGUAAGCUGUUCGGGGACAACCAAGAAGCAAGAAAAAGCUCUGCUGAAUUUAUAAUGGCCGAAGCAUCUGGUGUGACCCAAAGUAGUCAACAAGACACUGGUAAAACAAAGAAACCUAAGAAAGGAACUCCUGGCCUAAAUAACUCAAGAGAAAGGCGGGGAUCUCAAGAGAGCUUACUCCACAAUGAAGAGAAAAAAGAAAAUCCUAAACUUUCCAGAGCAAGGGAACGCACAAGGGCCCGUUUUGAAUCCUUGCUUCAAGCUGCAGCUCAAGAAGGGUUGACUGAGGAAGCUGAAAAGGCGAAGAGAAAGAAGAAGAGAACCAAAACUGCUGACUCCUUGCUUUCAGAGCUUAAGUCUGGAGCUCCAUAUGUGAAAGAGAGGUCAAAAUCUGAAGAGAGAUUGUUGGAAGGUAACCUUUAUAAAGAAGACACUACUCCAAAAUUCAAGAAAAAGAAAGCUAAAGAGAUUUUGCAAGAAGAAACAAAUAAAGACCAGCUCCAACUGCCUUUAGAAAAAGAAGAUCAACAAAGUAACGUUAAAGGAAAACGGAAGUCAAAGAAAAAAUUAAACAAGAAAACUCUGGAAGAUGAUGUAGCUGAUAAUGUUACUGAAGACGAUGUUGGAAAAGAAAACGUUGGCUAUGAUCAAAGCCCUGUGAAGGAUGAGGAGCCUGAUAAAGUUAUCACAACCACAAAAAAGAAGAAGCAAAAAAGACAGAAUACAGAGCCUGCUGGUGAAAAGAUUGAAAGGGCACUUGAAAGAAAAAGAAGGGAUGAUGGUUAUUUGCUGAGCAUACAGAUCCACAAAGCCGACAGAUUAAAGCCUGAUAUCGAUGUUGUUCACCCCUGUAUCCGUGUUCAUGUUAUUGACACAAGCACUGGACAAUAUGUUAAGAAAAGUGACAGGGGCCGAAAUGUUGCUUCAUUCUUCGAAGACAAAAACGAUGCUGUUGACUAUAUUAUGCCAAUGAUGACGCAGCCAUUCGACUUUAGAAAGAAGAAAUCAAUGCUACCCUGCUGGGAAGAGACACUCAUUUACAAUGAAAUUUACUCGUACUUUCUCCAGAGAGAAGAAGGGGAUCCCGAAGUCAUGAUCUUCUUUGAGAUAGUUGACUUUUUGAGUAUGUCGUCUGUCGUAAGAGGAAAUACACAAGGCAGAGAGCAAGGAUGGUAUAAAAUUGCAUGGGCGUUUCUUAAGGUUGUCAGCACAAAUGGUUCUCCAAACACCGACAGAAAAGUACGUCUCCAAUUGUACCAUCGACCAACAAGGCUAAGAGCCAGAAAUCCAAUCCCAGGAGCUCUCGAGAUUUUCAGUUGGUGGCAGUCAACCGAACGUGUGCCAUAUCCCUCGACUCUUUAUGUGACAGUGAAAGGCAUUCGCCCCCCUGAGAGCAUAGAUGCUGCAGCAAGGUCGAUGUUUCCAAUUCAAGAGGAGCGUGGCACUCUUACAUACGAGCAACUUAAUGACACAUUGGAUGGCAUCAACGCCCGUAAAAGGGAAUCACUUAGCACAGAUAAGAAGCAUAUCUGGAAUCGACUUCCGGGACAGGCGAAUAGAAUUCCCAAUAAACUGACUUUGAUUCUACCAACUGGGAGAAGAGGAUGUUCUGUAGCCAGGUUUUCUCCCGAUGGAAGGAACCUUGCUUGUGCAUGCAGCAACGCCAAUGGAUUUCCUAUUCUCGUUUAUGCGAUUCCCUCUGGAUCGCUUCAAGGUGAACUUACGGGGCAUUUUGGGAUAAUUUAUGACAUGUCUUGGUCAGCUGAUGGCAAGGAGCUUCUUACAUCUUCAUCUGAUGGCACAGUCAGAAGUUGGGAUGUCAAACAUUUCAUCAACAAUGCAAUCAAAGUAUACCCUCACCCAUCGUUUGUAUACACGGCAAAGCACCAUCCAACUCAACAGAGCCUUAUUGUAAGUGGCGGGUAUGACAAGGUCCUUAGAAUAUGGACUAAAGCGUCUGAUGGUCUUCAUGGAAAACUUCUUCGUGAGAUGACAGGACAUAGCGGACUUGUAAACAGUAUCAUAUUCCAGCCAUCAGGUGACCACAUGUAUUCUGGCGACAGCAUUGGUGUUAUCAUCAUCUGGAAAUCGUCACUUCCUGGCUCAAGCGGGAAAAGAAAAUCACGUGAUCUUGCUGCAGAUGAAGAUGGUAUAAAAGGCUGGAGAAUUUUACAAACUAUCAAACUAGAGGAAAUCAAAAGUACCCCAAUCAACUCUCUAACGUUGCAUCCAAAUGGAAGGAAAUUGCUGGUUCACGCAAGAGAUGCUUUUAUCCGCAUGCUUGAUCUCAGAAGUUCAGCUGUUAUGAAAAGAUAUCUUGGUGCGUUGAACCAGAAAGAACACAUAAGAAGCACUACGUCGUGUUGUGGUACUUUUGUUAUUGCUGGUUCAGAAGAUGGUACAGCUCAUGUUUGGAACAGCGAAACAGCUGAUCCAGUAUUCGAAUACACGGACCUUGGUUUUACAAAUGCUGUUUGUGAUGUUGACUUUCACCCAAAGGAAAACAUGAUAGUCUUUUGUUCGUUUGGUGCUGGACAUCCCGUUCUUGUUUAUAUCUUUGACUUAGAAGAGCAAAUGAAAAGCACGCGAGUCACUGAUACCAUGCGAACUGAAAAUGAAAAACAGGCUCUCAAGGACACAUUCAGAUCGUCACUGCAAGAUUCACAACGCCAGGCCGGGCUCACUGCCGAUUUCGGAAAGGACAAAUUGCGCGUUGAAACUUUGCGGCAGAAGAUGGACACAGUGUUGAACUCCAGCAGCCUGCAGUCAUCAAAGAUGCAAUUCAAUCAAGGACCCACGACAGCCGGGAUGUCGGAAACAAUGAUGACAUGGGGCUCGGAUUUCUCUACCCUUUUGCCAACCUCGACACAUAUGACAAAGACACAGGCUGACAGGCGUAUGUCCGCAUCACCCCAUGCACUGCAGCAUUUUGGGUCUUCCCAACGAACUCGAAUGCAGAGUCAGUCAAGCGAUCUCUCUGAAAUGAAAGGAGCAUACCAGUCAACACCGCCCAGUCCUUACUAUGGUGGAAUAGACCGUCAACAUAAGGGUCUACCAUUGACUAUGUCCCAGUUGCAAGAUUCGUCCAGGGCUGGUUUCAACUUGACCUCAAAUACAUUUGAAGGAAAAUCAGCCUUACAGGGAAAACAGGUCAUCGCCAUGUACGCAUACACCCCAAGUCGCUCAGAUGAAUUGCAAAUCAACCCGUCUGACGUCAUCACAGUUAUUUAUGAGGAUAAUGAAAACUGGUGGUUUGGCGAACUGCCUGAUGGUCGACAAGGCUACUUUCCUGCCAAUUACGUCAUGGUUUCUGAUGCGAACGAGCUUCAAGAAGUAUCAGGCUCACGAGAUGAUAUUCGGAAUUCCCACUCGGCCGUUGUAACAAAAGAUGGUGAUUUGAAGAUCAUUUCUGCCCCCGAAGACAGUGAAACUGAACCCAGACAAACAACUAAGAGAAAACAGAGACGACGAAAGACCCACAGGUCUAGUGAUGAUAUAGCCAAGUGAAGUCGAACAACAAAUCCAACUGAAAUUUGAAGAAUCCCGCAAAGAAAGUGACUGACGUCAUCUUCACCACCACAAGGAUAUCAAAUUUAUUCCACCUUGAAAGAUUGUAUGUAGCUGUAUAUGGUGUAAAUAGUAUAGCGAACUGAAUAACAGAAAGACGCAGAUAAGGUUUUAAUCUAUUCAAUUUGUCUUGCAAAAUUCGCUUUUGUCUUGCCUUUCUGCUCAGGGCUCUGCCUCCCUUUGAUAUAAGUUGUUUCCAGUAUUUCUAGCUGGGAUAAGGUAAGUUUGAAUAUCACCAAUAUCGAGAUUCUGACGGACUCAAUUCCACCCAUAAAAAAUGACCCCUCUCCCCCUCUUCACGCUUCUAUUAAUGUCGAGGCGAUCAGAGAUAGGUAUUCUUGACUUUUAAUUGCGUUGUUCUAAGAUAAUUACAAGUUUUUAUUCUUUAUUCGAGUCUGUUUUACAAUUGUAAAUAAUGUUUUAUUACGGCAAUUAAUUAUAUUGUUGUAAUAAAGUAAUUUGUUACAUUGUAAUAAAGUCUUUAACAAAGUAUAAGUA